GGCGGCUGAUGACUGAAUGGAGCUGGCGUUCGGGCCGUCACAGGGCAGCCUGAUGGCUGGCGGCUGCGCUGAGGGUGGCGGAGGACCCCACGGCAAGAUGGCGGUGGCGGCAAAGACGGCGCGCUGGCGGCGGCACAUCAGGGAACAGCUGCGGCUCCGGGACCGGCAGCAGAGGCAGGGCUUCGAGGAGCUGGUGCAGGCCUAUAAUAAGCUCUUGGAGAAGUCCGACUUACAAACAGUUCUCGCCGAGAGGUUUCAGGGCGAGAAGUAUGAACUUCACAACAGACCCGACAUCAGCCCAGCGCCUGACGGCGUACGGAAUGAGACGACACACGAAGUUGCGCAGAUGCGGAUACGUCACCAGGAAGAGCUCACGGAGCUCCACAAGAAGCGUGGUGAGCUUGCCCAGAAUGUGAUUGAACUUAAUAGCCAGCUGCAGCAAAAGGACAAAGAGAUCCAUGCCAAUGAAGCAAAGAUGGCUGAGUAUGAGAAACAGAUACAGCAACUGAGUAAUGAGUGCCAGGAGCUGCGAAACAAACUCCAAGAGCUGGAGCAAGCCAAUCAGACGCUGAAGGAUGAAUAUGACGCCCUCCAGAUUACCUUCACAGCCCUCGAGGAGAAGCUGCGAAAAACAUCCGAUGAAAACCAGGAGCUGAUCACACGCUGGAUGGCUGAGAAGGCUCAAGAAGCUAAUCGGUUAAAUGCAGAAAAUGAAAAGGAUACAUGGAGACGCCAGGCAAAGCUGAAAAAGGAUCUUGCUGAGGCUGCCAAAGAACCGUUGAAUAUUGAUCCUGAUGAUGAUAUAGAGGUACUUGGUGAAGAAGGGCCUGACACAGCAGAAGAAACGUCACCAGUGCGAGCUAAGCACAGGACUCCCAGAAGGACUUCACAGGCAUCUGGACUCUUGGAUUCUAUCGGUAAUAUUUUUGGAAAACGAUCACCCACGUUGCAUGGGACUGUGAUUGAUGCCCCUGAUGUCCGUACCGGACCUUGCAAUCAGACGCGUUUGCCCACCACACCGCUCCACGUGUUUGACGCUCAUGAUGGAGAGGUGAAUGCGGUCCAGUUUAGUCCAGGAUCCCGAGUGGUGGUGACUGGUGGGACAGACAGGAAGGUUAAGCUAUGGGAGGUCUCCUUGGGAAGAUGUGAACUGAAGGGCUCUCUCACCGGCAGUAAUGCUGGAAUUACCAGUCUGGAAUUUGACAGCACUGGAGCAUAUCUGCUUGCAGCCUCCAAUGACUUUGCCAGUAGAAUCUGGACAGUGGAUGAUUCCCGGUUAAGGCACACAUUAACAGGACACAGUGGGAAGGUGCUAUCUGCGAAGUUCCUUCUGGACAAUGCACGUAUAGUGUCGGGCAGCCAUGAUCGGACUCUCAAACUAUGGGAUUUGAGCCGUAAGAUUUGUAUAAAAACCGUGUUUGCUGGCUCCAGCUGCAAUGAUAUUGUUUGCACUGAGCAGUGUGUUAUGAGUGGGCACUUUGAUAAGAAAAUUCGCUUCUGGGACAUCAGGACAGAGAGCAUUGUGCGAGAGGUGGAACUGCAGGGUCGUAUCACAGCACUCGAUCUCAACCCAGACCACACGGAACUACUCACCUGCUCCAGAGAUGACAUACUAAAGAUCAUUGAUCUGCGUACAAAUGUGACCAGACAGUCAUUCAGUUCACAAGGAUUCAAGUGUGGAUCAGACUGGACAAGAAUAACAUUCAGCCCUGAUGGGAAGUUCAUUGCUGCAGGGUCUUCAGACGGAACUCUCUUUGUCUGGAGUGUCGAAUCUGGGAAGGUGGAAAGAUCUCUGGGAAAGCAUCACAGCUCUUCUGUAAAUGCAGUAUCAUGGUCGCCAUCUGGGGAGCAUGUGAUCAGUGUGGACAAGGGAAGCCGCGUAGUACUUUGGUCAGGGAUUUGAGUUAAAACGACCAGAAGCCGGCCAAGUAGUGCCCUUGUACUCAGCGCACCUAACUGCACGGAGGAGAUUGCCCGUGACAUGCUUGGCAUUACAGCACACAGCACAGCAGAAUGAGCCUUGCAGAGCCUCCCUCUCAUAUAUCCGGACUGCUGCAAAGGCAUUUGGAUAAUGCAACAGUGGGCUCUUCUGCAUUUACAAUCAUUCACAAGAAGCAUGCUCUCUGCCUGCUGGGAUAAAUCACUUUAGGUAAUAUACACGGGGCCUUUGCCAUACCAGCUGCUGUGAUAGACUUCAGGACACAAAGCCACCCUACUUGGCCUGGGUUUUCCACCCAAGGUGCCUGGCUGUCUUCUUGCCCCACUGCUUCCUUUUUGUUGCUACCAUAUCAAUGACAGAAUCUGUUGACAUACUGUAUCUGCUUUGUGUCCAUCCUUCCCCUUCUGCAAACCUGCGUAAAAAUACUGAUUUUUUUUUUAAUUCAUUGGCAGACUUGUGAAUGGGAAGCUCUGAGAGUGAGGAGUGGUCACAGAUAGCUUGUGCUUUGUUGGUGAAGUAAUUUGAGGUGAAGAAUAGCUAUUGCAUAAUAGUGACAAGGGAAGGAUGUGUACUUUGCUUUUACUGUGAGGGAGUUGUACACCAUGUACAAUAUUUUUGUGAGAAGCUUUCUCUGAAAGAGCAAUUUAAUUCCCUACCACUAAGAGAACAGGUAUUUCUUCCUAUCAUUUGUUCUUUGAACAUAGAAUUUCCGAAUUUAUAGCUUGAUUGCACUGAAAUUAUUACUUGUUCCCAAUUGCCCUCAGCUGGUGGUGCUGCCUUGAAUCAUGUGAUUAUGCUCCCACAGUGCUGGUAUACAAGGAGAUGAACUUCCAAAUAUUAAUCUGCAGUAACUCGGAAUCUGGCCACAAUUGCACGGUGAGCAGAACUACAUGGUUGUCCUCUUCAGCUUCAGUAAGCCACUCAUUGGGUCUUGUUCCUUACCCUCUUUAUUCAUGCCCCCCUAGUUUCCAUAAUUGACCCUAAAUUGACAAUGUUUUCACUGGUAACUUGUUGCUAGAUUUUUGUUUUCAGUAACUCACUUUCUAUGCUCAAUCUAAUUUGUAGACAUUGUUCGGAGGACCAUCUUCUAAACUUUGCACUUUAAAAUCUGUAUUUCUAGACCAGGUCAAACAGUGUUGAGCUUCUUGUUCCAACUGUCUCCUACAGAAGCAGCAUGCUACUGUUUGUGUCUUAUGCUAUGAUACAGAUGAAUACCUAAAUUGAAUUUCCAGUCUACAUUCUCUGGCUGGUAUUUGAGAGAGAGGCUUGGAGUCUUUAAAAAAAAAUUGGUAUCAACUUUCCAAGUAAAAAAAAAAGUAACCACGGUUACUGAAAAUGGCCAUUAUAUUGUGACUUGUGCUGGAAAGUACGCUUGUGUGUUAGUUGGGUGGUACACAUUGAGUGGGAGCAUCUAUCUUGUGAUAUGCUGCUACUCCCCCACCACACCCUCCUAUCACAUGGUCUGUCAGUACUUGCCAUCUAACCACACAUAAAUUAAGCAUUUGAUUAGGACACUAGUAGGUGACCGGUAUCUGUACCACAGCAGGAGCUAAUGCUUCCAGAAAGCUAUAUUUUAAACAUACAGUAAAAGUGGAUUAAUCCACUUUCCAAGUGUUUGGAAAUCCCGAUGGUUCAGCAUCUGACUCACCGGAUAAUGAUGCCUAUGCUCGCUUCAACAGGGCUUGGUGUCCAUGUUCCAUUAAGUACAACAGGUCCAGGUUCCAGUGCUCACUUCAACACACUAAAGCCUGAGUUUCAUAUUGUCCCCAGUUCCCGCACUCCCUUUUAACCCACUGAAGCUGCCAGAAAUUUUCUUGUACUACUGUGUAACAUUUAAAAGAAAAUGAAUGAAAAGCCUGUUGGAGUAUUAAUUGAAUAACAUUCAAUUAGUAUGGAAAAUCUGCUGAUCUGGCACCACCAAAGUCCAACAGCACCUGAUUAAUGGAGCUUUACUGUAUGUGGGCAGCAGUAUAGAACUGCAUAUCAUUUCUACAUUGACCACACAUAAUAUAAGCUAAGAACUGGGCAGGAAACUUCAGAAGCAUGCAUUUAUUUCAUGUGACUUAUGCUUGGAUCCAUUGAAGUGUUUAAUUCAUACUAGUACUAGGUCUCGUAAUUAAUAGCCUAUGCCAAACUGAAGUGGAGCCAACAAUCUGCUGUAUUAUCAAAUGGUGUGUUCACUUUUUAAGCAUCUUAUCACAAUUGCAUAUUGUGGUUUGUAAAAUUGUUCAAAGAUGAGUAAAGUGAAAAACUGCACGUAUGCAGCAAACCAACUGGUACACGAAAGGAACCAUGAAUUCUUUUAUUACGAUAGAGGGUCUGUAAUUAGACAGAUGCUGAAGAUGAGAUUGCAGUCUGUUGAUAAGGGGGUCCACCUGAGAUAUUGGUUUAAAUUCAGUUCUGACCUUGCAAUGAGAGCAAGUCUCGUGCCUUGUACAGAAAGGAACUCCCACUAUAGUUCUUGAGUGGCUACAAGACCACUUCCAAUAAUGUGCACCAAAUUGACAGUACAGUCAGUCCAAAUAAUGAAGCAAGGGAAAAACUUCUCCACUCUAUAGUUCUUGGGGUAUCAAUUUGCUCGUAUCUGUGCUUCACCUGACCCAAGAGUAUGACGACAAAAUAUUCACUCUGCAGAGUUGCUCAGUAACCCAUGUAACUGAUGUGUGAGGGUUUGUUAUAGUACACUUAACCCAAGUUGCAUGUCAUUUUGGAAUGUUUGAAGAAAUGUUAAGGGGCCGUACUUGGCACCUAAUGGGAGAAUGCUUAUUGCUGGGGUUUACUUUUACUGAGUCUGAUUCUUAUUGGAAGUGAAUUUGGUGUGAUACAUAGUUUAAAUCUGGAGUAAAUUUCCAUCAGUCCUUGUAUGUCCCAGUUGAGUGUGCUAGCUGCACCAUUGUAGGAAUGUUUAUGCUGUGUUCUGGUUUUAAAGGCAAGUAGUUGUGCUACUACUCUAUUCCUUGUCUUAUAGAUAAAGCAAUGAAUCAAAAUGAAACCUUUGAUAAUGUCUCCAUUUAUUGUUGUCAAGGACCUUUGUUGUUGACGGGCCAUUCAAUCCUUGGGUGCUGUCCAUGUAUAAUGCUCAUCAAACCAUGUUAGAGCCUUGUUUGUAGUUCCAUCAUUGCAGUCCAUUCACAACAUUCACUCCUGUUGAAAGGUAACCCACCAAAAUUUAAUGGUGGGGCUGGUAGAUAGUGCUUAUUAUGGACUUGCCCUCUGGUGGUCAAGGCUUUGUACAGUUCCUUCAGGGCUACAGAUGAGAUAUUCAGUACCUGUAUUUGCCACUGAUGUGCAUUGAAAAAGAGUUCCAUCUUGUUGCUAUUCAUUGCUCGGUGAACCUGUUGUCGAUGUGGCCACCUAAAGCUGGGAAGAGAGCAGGCAAGUGUCUCCUGUCUUAGCUGAGCCUACAGAUCCUACACCUUCCUUGGAUAGUAUAGUUUUAACAAAUGUUCUACAGGUGACCUGUGUUAUGGCCGUUCAGCUAAUGGAAAUUCUCCUUCGCAGAACUCUCAAAUUGCUACCCAUAAACUUGAGAUGCAUAAUAAAAUUUACACUUGCGGAAUUUGUGGAAAAGAAAAUAAAUAAAUCAAUACCAUUUAUUUCUUAUCAACUCUCAUUUCUUGACAAGUGCAGAUGACCACGGAAUAUCACGGGACGGGCUGUUUGCUAGUAAUGGAACCCCCUGUAUCGCAAGUGUCACCUAUAUUCAUAAAAUUUGCACUGACUGCAGACAGAUUUGUGCACCUGUUCUUGUAUAGAGAGCAACAAUGCCAGGGUCUGAUCUUUGGUCCAUGUGUGCGUGCAUCUAGUUAAGUGGCAUGUUCCAAUUACCUCAUUUGUAUCAAUGCUUCAAGAGUGCUCUUUACAGAGUCUUAUUUGCACUUUAUAUUUUUUUCUGAAGAGCACUACAUAACAACCUUGUCAUUUGGCGCUCUCGUGGCUGAAUCCCCUGUAAUCCUACCAAUUUGCUCUGUAAAUCAUUACAAAUGUUUUUUUUAAUAAAAGAAUUUUAAAGGA